CAAUUUUUUGGUCAACCUGAAAAUUUUCGUGUAUUUUUUAUAAAAUAUUUUUAUAUAAAAAAACAGCAAAACCGCCAAAAUGAGCGCUCCUUUCUACAGCUACGACCCGUGUGUAUGCACGGGGAUGCCUUGCGGCGCCUGCUACCCCUACAGCACGAAGCCCUGCGUGGCUUCUAGGAACGACCUUGGCGUGUGCUCCGUGUGUCCUGGUGGCGGGUGUUCACCCUGCCCCGCUCCUGUGAGGCCAUGUCCAGAACCAUGUCCUGCUCCUCCCAUACUGCCACUGUUACCUCCAUGUCCUCCAUGUGAUAAGCCUGCAACACCUGUUCCCAAACCGGUUCCGCUGUGCGACACAUGCGCCAUCCCUGUGUGCCGGCCAAACCGCUGCAAGCCAUGUCCGUGCUACUGCUGCACAGAGCCGGCGGUCUGCUCGCCGAAGCGUUGCAGCUACCCAGGGGUACCAGUCUGUGGCGGCUGCUGCGGCCCGUGCAUGCCUGUUUGGUAGUUGGUAGAGCGCUAAAAAUGUUGAUGUAUUUGUACUUUGUGAAUAAAUCAA